AUGAGUUGCUGUUUCUCGAAGAAGCUUUUCAACCGCGGCGCGAAUCGUCGUGAGGACUGUUAUAGAGUCAAAGAGACCGGAGAAGCCAAGCCAGAGGACGGAGAAGCUCCAAAGUACUCGUGGGAUCGUCGUGAAAAGGUGGAUCCCGCUGAUUUCACCGUUCAAGACAUUCACAGCAAGACGUUGAGAAAGGAGGGGAAAGAGGGAGGACCUCUUCAAAUCGAGAAUUGCACGGCAAGUGAUAAAUCUGGCGACGCCACAAUCCUCUUCCUCCAUCAAACGUCUCAAGUCAUCAUCGACGAUUGCCGUCGCUGUACCAUCGUUCUCGGCCCAACCCAAGGCAGUGUCUUCGUCCGUGACUCGUCGAAUUGCACUAUUCUGACGUCAUGCCAACAGCUGCGUACUCGCGACUGUACCAGCGUUCGCAUUGGGAUUCUGUGCCCAACGGAACCGAUUAUCGAGAAUUCCAACGAUAUUUGCUUCUUCCAUUUGGCAAUGAAGUAUCCACACUUGAAAGAUCAAAUGCACGCUGUCGGUCUCCGCCCAUUCACCAAUCGUGUCGUCUCGGUACACGACUUCUCUCCAGCGGUCGGCAAGCCCAACUUUGUGGUGUCAGCUGAACCGUUGAAGAUGUCGGAGGGUCAGGAUGAGAUUCUGAAAGUGAACACAGUGAUUCUCAAGGCAACACCAGCUGACUUUAUUCCACGUUUCACCGCAAUGAAAGACGAAGAUCCGACGUAUCUUUACAUUCUUGGAAAGUCCGAGCCAGUUGAUGAGUUGGGCGACAGGGCUAUCGAAAUACUUCACGCCGUCUAUAAGGCCGGUAUGAAGGUGAUGGCCACUUACGAUGUGGAGACGAAGAAUCUCGACGCGACACUCAUUCCGUUCGCCAGAAUGUCGGAACGACUCAUUCUCUUCCAACUCUCCGGAAGUCUCGCCAAUCUCGAGUGUGACGUGGAUUUCGAUCUGAUCUCUGAGAACGACAUGGAGCCACUUCAGAAGUUGCUCAUUCAUCUCAACGGAAGAAAAAGUGGCUAA